AAAAAAUAAUUGAAAAAUAUCCAAAAAUGUUUUGAAAUAUUUUAUAACAGGAUAGUGCUGUUUUGAGUUUUGUGGUUUUUUGAGUAGGAUGUUACCAACUCGUCCUAGAUUAACCACUCGCAAACUACUCCAAGUGUUCCGAUGUUUAUCAACCAAAAGUAUUCCCAAGGAUGAAGUCAAAUUCACUCACACAAUCAAUUUGCCGAAGACUAAAUUUCCAGCCCGGUUGAGCGCUGAAAAGCGUUUGGAAGUGCAGGAUAGGUUGCGAAAGACCAGUUUCAGUGAAUUGUAUCGUUGGCAGCGGGAAAAUUUAUCAAUCGAGCAGGAAUUCACACUACACGAUGGUCCUCCGUAUGCCAACGGGGACCUACACAUGGGCCAUGCGGUUAAUAAAAUACUAAAAGAUUUGAUUCUGAAACAUAAAAUUGCAUCCGGUACAAAGGUCCAUUACGUUCCUGGAUGGGACUGUCAUGGGUUACCGAUAGAGCUGAAAGCACUUGAUGCCUACCACAAAAAAUGUACAGACAAGGUGAAGCAAUUGGAUCCACUGAAGAUUCGCUCAUUGGCUAGGACUUUUGCACAGGAAACGAUCGGUAAGCAGAGGACCGAAUUUGAGCAAUGGGGCGUGACGGCUGACUGGACAGAAAAGCGGUCCUGGUAUCGAACUUUGGAUUCGAGUUACAUAACAGCUCAGCUUAAGUUGUUCGCGGAGCUGUUCGAGAAAGGUCUCAUUUAUAGAGAUUUGAAACCGGUUUAUUGGUCCCCCUCGUCGAAGUCUGCCCUAGCGGAAGCUGAACUCGAAUAUGACGAAACUCACAAAAGUCCUUCCCUAUAUUUGCUGAUGAAUGUAAAUCGGGUGGACGGAUGCUCAGAAAUUCAAACAAGACUGCAGUCGGGCGAAAAAAUUGCUGCAGUUAUUUGGACAACGACCCCUUGGACGCUGCCAGCAAAUCAAGCAAUCUGUUUUAAUCCAAAUUUGGAGUACAGUUUGGUCGAAGCCGAAGGCAUGGAAGAAUUGCUGUUGAUUGGUUCCGAGUUGGUUUCCUACGUUUCGGCUCAAGCUAGCAUUAAUUUGAAAAAGGUGUUGGAUAUUUCGGGGAUGCAACUAGAAUCGGCAAGGUACGACCAUCCAAUCAAUGGAGAGAGUUUACCCUUCUUAGCAGCAGCACACGUAAAAGCCGAGAAGGGUACGGGUUUGGUGCAUACCGCUCCAGCCCACGGACCAGAUGACUUUCUGAUAUUUCUCACACACAAGAUUCCUAUCAAAUCUUUGAUUGACGAGUCCGGCUGCUACAACGAUCUCAGUCCGGAUUUUUUGAAGGGAAAGUUUGCACUUACAGAUGGUAACCAAUUGGUUUUAAAUCGUCUGCAAAGAGUUACAUUGGUUUGUGGAAGCAUUGAGCAUUCCUAUCCGAUCGAUUGGCGUACCAAGGAACCAGUCCUGUUGAGGGCUAGCGAGCAAUGGUUUAUCAACACCGAUCGGCUCAAAGAAUCAGCACUGGAAGCUGUUGAAGAGGUGAGCAUUUUUCCUCGAACUUCAGCGGAAGUUAGCAAAAAGGUUCUUCGUGGGCAACUGCAGAAACGUGCCUAUUGGUGCAUAUCGAGGCAACGAUCUUGGGGUGUACCGAUUCCGGUGGUUUACGAUCGCCGAUCUAUGAAACCGAUCGUUCACUCGGGAAUUAUCGAAAAUCUUAUUUAUAAACUAGAACAAACCGGAGGUAUUGAUUUCUGGUGGACCUCGAAAAUGCACGAGCUUGUCCCGCAGCAUGUGCUCACCGAACUGAAUCUUUCGGCUGAGGAUUUAGUUAAAGGCAGUGACAUUCUGGAUAUUUGGUUUGAUUCAGGAAUCUCGUGGCUUAGUGUGUUGGGUAGAAAUCGAACGGCAGAUCUCUAUCUGGAAGGACUGGAUCAGUUCACAGGAUGGUUUCAGUCUUCCCUGUUGACGAGUGUAGCUGCCCGCGGUCAGAGUCCCUAUCGGGCCAUUUUCGUGCAUGGGUUUGCUGUUGACGAAAAUGGUUCGAAAAUGUCCAAAUCACUUGGCAACAUCAUUUCGCCGAAGGAAAUCGUUAAACAGUAUGGGUGCGACGCGCUUCGAUGGUGGGUAGCAGCUCAUGCGAUCCAAAAUACCUCAAUUCCAGUGAGCCACAAACUGCUCACUGCUUCUGCAGAGAAUGUGCAGAAAAUUCGUGGCAUCAUGAGGUAUUUACUGGGGGUUAUUUCUACAAGGGGACAGGUCAAAUCUGAUGCGUCCUGUUUGAACCACAUGGAUCGGUAUUAUUUACAACAAUUGCAAAAAUUGCAUGAUACGAUUUUCACACUGUACGAUUCGUACCAAUACAACAAAGCAUCCGCCAUCAUUUUAACAUUUUGCACCUCGACACUAUCUGGUUUCUAUCUGCACCUGAUCAAGGAUCGCCUUUACUGUGGACUAGAUGAGCAGUACCACAGUCUUCAAGCUAUUCUCGCUCAAACAUUUAACAUAUUGUGUAAAGUUCUGUGGCCAAUUACACCGUUUCUGGUGGAAGAGAGUUGGUCCUACCAUAAAGCUGAGGAACCGUUUUAUAAAUCAUGCCAUCAAUUGAAACCAGCAAUUGAAUUCGCCAACUGCGCUACCACACCAGCCAUAGUUGAGCAAGCCCUAGAUUUGAAACGACACAUCUUCCAGCAGCAACACAUGGAAAUUAAUGCGUGGCUUCUAACGGUGGACAUCUCGUUACCGAAGAGUUCACUACUACUACUGCAGAAGCUACACCCUACGUUGAAUCGACCAUGCAGUGAUUCUGAGCUUACAGAAAUUUUGCAAGUUGGAGCGGUUUGCUUACGAGAAUCAUCCGACGAUGGUAUGGCUAUCAAAAUCGACAAGUUGGACAGUCAGCUAUGCCCCCGCUGCAGGCGUUUCGUAUUGGAUACAGAGCAUAGUUCUAUUUGCCAACGAUGUGAGACGGUACUAAAGGCAAAGUCUUUGUGAUAAUUAAAAAUGUACAUAGAAAGGAAAUAUAAUAAAUUGUAAGAAGUUAAUUUAA